CAACAGUAGAGAACAGCAGUUUUUCGGGGAGCUGAGUUAAUUCGAUUUCUUUGCCGUCUAGGAGUGGUUUUAUCGCUAUAUUUAACGGUGUUUUUUGCACAUUCCGAGUGGAUCGUAGAAGCUUCUUUUCUUAAAAAAAGAUGAUGUUUACCAGUCUUGUAGCCGAUUGCGACUCGUCUUCCCGCUGCAGUACAGCUUCUCCCAACGGCGACAGCCUCACGUACUACUCGUCUCCCGCCGGAGUUUACUCCAGCGUGGGUUCUCCGCUUAGUCAAACUCAGGAGUUUACCGACCUGGCGGUUUCAAGUGCCUCUUUCGUCCCGACUGUCACAGCUGUCUCUUCCUGCCCGGACUUGCAGUGGAUGGUCCAGUCAGCUGUAUCCUCCGUGGCCCCAUCUAACGUCAGAAUUCACCCCUACAACCCGAACCCCAACGCCUCUUUCUCCAAAGCCAAAGUGGUCAAGACUAGUGGAAGCAGGGGUCACACCAGCAGGAGGAGUAAAAUGGAUCAGCUUCCACCAGAGGAAGAGGAGAAAAGGAGACUUCGUCGUGAACGAAACAAGAUGGCAGCUGCCAAAUGCCGCAACAGGAGGCGAGAGUUGACAGACACUCUGCAAGCUGAAACUGAUGAGCUGGAGGAUGAGAAGUCAGCCCUUCAGAACGACAUUGCUAAUCUGCUGAAGGAGAAGGAGAGGCUUGAGUUCAUCUUGGCAGCUCACAGGCCUAUCUGCAAGAUCCCAGCUGAGAUGGAUGCCACCUUCACCGAGCCCUGUGCCUCUCCUGCUUCUACCAUCUCCGAGAUCCAGAUUGCUGUCACCUCUGGUGCUUCCAGACCAACCAAGACAGCAGGUGUGACCACUACCCCUUCUCCAAUCUUCCCGACCCCCUCCAUCGACCUUGGCAGCUCCACGGUGAAGAUGUCUGAUCUGGACCCUUCUCUGGAGGCGUCACUGGAGCUCCUGACCAAGGCCGAGCUGGAAACUGCACGCUCCGUGCCCGAUGUUGACCUGGCUGGCUCGUUGUAUGCCUCUCAGGACUGGGAGCCUCUCUUCACACCUGCCAACAUGGACCUGGAGCCACUCUGCACACCUGUCGUCACCUGCACGCCCACCUGCACCACCUACACGUCUUCCUUCGUGUUCACGUACCCGGAGAGUGAUGUGUCUGGUCAGUUGCAGAGGAAUGGCAACAGCAGUAAUGACCAAUCGGACUCCCUCAACUCCCCCACCUUGCUCACGUUAUGAGCCUUCAACCCACUCUGACCUUUACUACAAUGACUUUAACCAAGCAGGGCUGAGGAACUGUCUCUACUAAGCAAUCAUUGUUUUAUAUUACUGCAUAUUUAUCUGAACCAUUACUUGCCUGUUGCAUAUGUAGCAAGUUAAGCAUGGUUUGACUAAUGUGUUUCUAGUCAUCUUACAUUUUAUGAAGAUAUCUAGUAGAAUACUAGUUGUUACUGGUGCUAUUUAACUAUUGUGUGGUUUGAGCAGUAGUUUGACCAUCAUCCCACGUGUGAACUGUGCAUCUUGUCCAAUAGUUGUGCUAUGUCUAACCAUUGUAUUGAAGUGGUCUAAUAUUCAAGUAUGAAGUUUUCUGUGAAAACGUUGUCUUAACUUAUGGAUUUUUAUUUUUGUACUGAGGUGUGAACUAAAUGCAAACUUGACAUUGUUUGCAAAUGUAGUAAGACUAAAUAUAAUAAAUGUAUGCAAUUCUUUGUAAAA